GAUUCUUAUUGGAAGUAUCACUCUGUUUUUGUGAGUUGCUUGAAUGUGAUUAAACCUCAUCAAAAUUGAGUUUUAUUUUGUUGGGUGUUUUUUAUAAUCAGUUUUUAACUACUAUAUAUGGGAUUAGGCAAGCUGGGAUGGUCAAAUUUGCAUUUUGGGCAGUUAUUUUAGAUGAUCACAACAAAAUUCUCUUGAAACUUUGAAUUAAAAUCAUCAGUUCUUUUGUUCUUUGUAACUAACUUUUAUCUUUAUGCUUGAAAUAACGCGAUGUGCUCAUGAUAGAACAUUAUUUCUGCAACAUUAAUUUAUUGAUGCUCUUUUCCCCUGUCCUGUGCCAAGUGUUUGCAGACACCUUAGUGGACUACUUUUUUAUUCCUUGUCUUCUUCAUAAAUAAUAGAUAAAACAAAUUUCCGGGUGUUUUUUUUUUUAAAUGGAACUGUUGAAGGAUAACAAUUUCUUACUAACUACACAUUGUGCUCUGCUACUUGCUUAACUGCUUUGUGAAACUCUCCUCAAUAAUGUUUUAAAAGAGAAAAGAAAGGAAUUGAUUUCAUCAUGUACCAUAUGAAUAAAUAGUUCAUGUGUGUCGUGUUAACUAUCAGUAAAAAGAUAUGCGAAUUUGAGAUCUUGGAGGACGUGUAAAAGUCAUUGACGAUUGAUAAAAACUUACCUCUUUCAGUUGAUCUACUUGAAAGUCUGGUACAUUUUUUAUGGUGGGAGAUGAGAGGGAUCUUUCUUUAUUCUUUGAUUUUAUGACCAACACAAACCUAAACCUUAUAUUGAUCCAAUGCAGCAAUUUGUAUUUUCGGCAUUCAUCGGGACAUUAAUUGAAUCAUGAUUUCCUUCAUGUGGUUCUUUUAGUUGGGAUUUGAAAAUUGUCUUUGAAAGUCUGACACUCUCAAAUAGAAGAACCACUACUUUCCAAACUGUUUUCAAGUAAUAAAGAUUUUGUCUUCUAUUAAUUUGUGUUGGCUAAGUCUUAUAGAAUUUUAUCUGAAAUUCCUUGGCAUAAUUGUGAUUAAGAAAUAAAGUUCUCUUAGACACAUUCUUUAGAAAUUUCUUCAACAUCUUUCGUAUCAACAUUUGAGAUCAGUGAAACAUUAACAUAUAUGAUUUCCAUAUUAAUUCCAUAUAUGACAUUUGAGAUCAGUGAAACAUUAACAUAUAUGAUUUCCAUAUUAAUUCCAUAGAUGGUAUUAUUGUACACAUAUAAUACCAAUCUUGUGCAAAUGUUCUUCCUAUCCUCUGAAUAUUUCCUAUUAUGACAUUUGAGAUCAGUGAAACAUUAACAUAUAUGAUUUCCAUAUUAAUUCCAUAGAUGGUAUUAUUGUACACAUAUAAUACCAAUCUUGUGCAAAUGUUCUUCCUAUCCUCUGAAUAUUUCCUAUUAGUCCUCAGUUGGUUAUUUGUUUGUUUCUUUGAACUUGAAACAUUCUAUUGUAUUCAAUGACUUGAGAUACCAUUGUUUAGAAGUAUGUCUUCUACAUUUUUAUUUAUUUAUUUUACACACUUUUACUUCAUUAACCUUCUAUCAUAGACCUUAGGUUCCACCAACUGUAUUCUAUUUCUAGAUCUUCAUUUAGAAUGUUCUCUUGACAUUCAGCUGGAUUUCUUGCAAUCACCAUGUGUUGCAAUUGCAAUUACUAAUUGUAUCGUGGAUGAAUUUGCACUUGGAGUAGAAGUUUAUUAGUAAUUGGAUCCUUUUGCCUUGGGGUAAAUCCACAUAUCAUGUAUGGCCUCUCUACCUAUAGGCUGCAGUUAACUAGUUUUACUUAUUUUCUUCCUGGUCAUUAAUUCUUAGUCAUAAUCCAUUGCUAUUCUUCAUUCCUCUGAUUGUUAUUUAUUAUAGCUCCGAAUCUCGAGUCUCUUGACUUAUGAGAACCAAGGAGAAAAAGAAAAUGCAUGUCAUGGCUAGGUGUUCUUACUAGGUGUUCUAAUUCUCCAAUAUAAUUCCAUUAUUCUCUCAGGAUACCAGGUAAUCUUAUGUCCUUAGCCAUUCUAGAUAUUUGAUGUUCAUUAGGUCGUGUUUUACAUUGGGUUUGACCGUAGGCAAUAUUUCCUAUUCCAUUUUUUUUUCUUACUAUUCAUUGUUGAUUUCUCUUCUAAAUUUCUUCACUAUCAUAUAAGUAUGCACCUCAUCAUUUUAUAGCCUAUCGUUUCUCUGUUUUAUUGGAGCGCUAAUAAAUGGUAGUAGAAGCCUCAAAAAAUUGUUUGUUUUAAGUAAUGAUUUUUUUAUUAAAUCAUUUUCCCAAAUGGCAUUUUUGUCUCUUCUAAUGUAGUCAAGGAAUUAGAGUUUUAUUUUUCCUUUCUUAAGGGUACUUUUGUCUUUUGUCAUUGCAGAGAUUUCCAAGGCGUUUUUGUGAUAGCUAAUGAAGAGUUGGGAUUGGAUAGUGAUUAGCUUCCUUGAGAGUCAAUUAGAAGCAUUGACGGCUGCUAAGGAACUUGAUGGGUCAUCCAUAGUAAAGGAUUCAAAGGAUUCAGAUAUAGAAGAAUUGGGUCCUCAAGAAGCCCAUGUAAAGGAUCUGAGAACCUUGGAAGCAGAUGUGGCAGAGGUAUUAGCAGAGCUUAAAAUAGUGAAGAGGCAGAACUCUAUUACCCACUGGUUGCUUUCCAUUAUGAUCGUGGGAUCGGUUAUAUGGAGGUUGUCAGAGGUCUCCCUCUUUCUCACUGUGAAGGACAAGCUGAGUAACCCAUUAAAAUCAGUAGGGAACCUAAUCACUUCUUCUUUCAGGGGAGCUGUUCGUGAGGUUGAAAUAGCCACUGAAAGUCCUCCACUUCCUAAUAUCCAAAUGCCCCCUCUUCCCCACCUUGAUUUGCAGUCUUUGCAUUUUGAUGGAGGUGAUAAAUAAGAGGCUCAUAGUUUGUGAUUAUGAUGUGUAAUUGUAUAUACUUCAUGUCUUCUUUUUUUUUUAACUGUUAAUAAGUUUUUUUUUUUUGAAACUGUUAAUAAAGUAUUUCAUAUGUUGUUUCUUCAGCCGUAUUUGUUCCGAAAAGAGGAGAAUGAAAAUAGUUGCAAUUAUGUCA